CCCGUACACACGGAGGAAGCUUCUACUCCGCUGGGAUCACAAAAACUGCCAGUAACAUCGACGUCGCUUAUCUUGACCAUGUCUGAUCAGUUGGGCAUUGAAGACUUUACUGAAGUCCAAGAGGCUCUGUGGGCCGCCAGAUCAAAAUGGCACAACAUCGGCACCCGACUCAAACUAGACGUCCAUGAGCUGGAGAACAUUGAAGCCGAAGGAGGGAUGGGUCUUGACAUGAAGUUCAAUCUCAUGAUCAAGACCAAGUUGAAGAAGAUUGAGCCAUGCACCUGGAGAGAUCUCUAUGAUGCAUUAAAUCAUCCUACUGUUGCCAUGUCUGAUGUGGCAAAUAAGCUUUCAGCAAAGCUAACAACUGCUGAAGUACCAAAUACAAGGGCUGGAGAUGCAGCGUUAUCCAUGAGCAGUACAUCACUGACUGUGGCUAAUACCUCAUUUGACGGUGGAGACACCAAAGACCAAGAAGUAAAAAUCACGAAAGGAAGGAUUUAUAAGUUGCAGAGAGAAUACAUUGACUUAUCCGUUUGUGCUUCUAAAGAAAUGGUUAAGAAAUAUGCAGUUAAAAUGUUGCGCUUCUCCCUCCUCUCUCUUCCGUAUAAUCUCAAAAAGGAGCAUAGAAGGUUUCUUACUGAAGCGAAAGCCGAAAUAAAACAAGCUGAAUCAGCUGAGGAUAUAAUUGAAGUUAUUGUCGAACACUAUAACUACCUCGACUACACUCUGUUGAAGUAUGUCGUUGAUCUCUACGGCAGCGAUGAUCUAAAGAAAAAGAUGGAUAAGUACGAGAAUAACAUCAAAGCAUUUAGGAAGGAAACACGGCUUGAGAUAUUUUCAUAUGUUUGUGCCGAUCAUGAGCCUGAAACGGUCGGUGGGAAGUUUACCACGAUGGUUAGUAUGCACCACAUGGACUGGAGAACUGCUACACUGGAAGAUGUUGAGAAGUUUCGCAUUCAAGUCUGCCGGGAGAUGUCCUUGUAUGACUUCGCCCUCAACUGCAUGAAAUUGGCUCGAGGGUGUGUGUCAGUACUCACUACAGUUAAGGAGUCGGGUAUUGGCGGUUUUUAUGAAACACCUUUUUUGUUAUCAUUAGACCAAGAAGUAAAAAUCACGAAAGGAAGGAUUUAUAAGUUGCAGAGAGAAUACAUUGACUUAUCCGUUUGUGCUUCUAAAGAAAUGGUUAAGAAAUAUGCAGUUAAAAUGUUGCGCUUCUCCCUCCUCUCUCUUCCGUCUCAUCUCAAAAAGGAGCAUAGAAGGUUUCUUACUGAAGCGAAAGCCGAAAUAAAACAAGCUGAAUCAGCUGAGGAUAUAAUUGAAGUUAUUGUCGAACACUAUAACUACCUCGACUACACUCUGUUGAAGUAUGUCGUUGAUCUCUACGGCAGCGAUGAUAUAAAGAAAAAGAUGGAUAAGUACGAGAAUAACAUCAAAGCAUUUAGGAAGGAAACACGGCUUGAGAUAUUUUCAUAUGUUUGUGCCGAUCAUGAGCCUGAAACGGUCGAUGGGAGGUUUACCGUGAUGGUUAGUAAGCACGACAUGGACUGGAGAACUGCUACACUGGAAGAUGUUGAGAAGUUUCGCAUUCAAGUCUGCCGGGAGAUGUCCUUGUAUGACUUCACCCUCAACCUCAUAAAAAUGGCUCGAGGGGGUGUGUCAGUACUCACUACAGUUAAGGAGUCGGGUAUUGGCGGUUUUUCUCAAACACCUGCAAUCGAAACAUCUGAACUGCAAUGUGAUCCUGUUGUUCACGCAGUAGAUGAUGAUUCCCUUGUCUACACUGGACGUGCAUUUUCCUACACUAGUACAACUGGUAUCGGUUUGUUUUUCCCAGCUGGAGAGUGCAAGAAACAUGUGAACAUUUCAGUCGCAGUUGCCAAUGACGACUACAUCCUGCCAUCGGGGUGUGAUGAAAUGCCAAUAGUGAGCGACAUGUACAAAAUCACUACAAGUGAUAAACUCCCUGUUCCAGUGACUAUACGUAUGAACCACUGUGCUGUAAUGGAAGAGGAAGAUUCUCAAGUUUUUAUUGUAGCACAUGGCUCCCCACCUUACCAAUUCAACCUCUUGUAUGGCGGAAUUUUUCCUCCUUAUCAAACUUAUGGGGAAAUAGAAUUGAAAAACUUCAGUAUUUUAACAAUACUUGCCCAUAAACUUGGGUGGAGAAUGUCGCUGUCUGCACAGGUACUUUAUCACAAGAACAACGCUGCUGCAACUUUUGUUGUCACAAAAAAUACACCGUCACUCAUUCGAGCUGUCCAAAAACAGUAUUCUGAUGCUGUUGCGGAAUCAAGCAACCCAAUAUUGUGUGACUACACCACAAGAGCAAUUAGCCUCUCAAUACCAGAUGAACCACAGGUUGGAUGGAUUGUUGUACCGGAUUUUAAUCCUCCGCAAAUUCUAACCCAACUGAUCCGAGAAUACAGGGAGGGGAAAACACUACCUUGCAUACAACUGAAUGUGAAAUCCACAGGGCAAGGGAAACCAAAGGAAGAGGAACUGAAAAUUGGAGUCGAAGGAUGUUCAAUUAAAUCCUUCACCCUUUUCAGUAAGCAUUUAUUCCCAUCAUCUAUAGCAACUCAAUUACAAAGCCAGCACCAACCACUAGGCCUUGGACUCCAGUCUACUGCUUCCCCCGUCACCACUGUCUUCAGUCUCUUCAAAUGCCCCCUCUCUGCCUAACACAUCAACAGAAUCACUUGCAUCCCCUGCACAACCACCAGCCAGCAUGGCUCUCACAAUGUCAGUGGAGUCUGGGGCUCUUCGGCGAAGCAAUAUGGUGUUCACAAGAGGGGUAGACCCUGAUAAUAUUGUUAAAGUGCUCUACAGUAACUUGCUGCUGACUCCUGAAGAAAAGGCCAGAGCCACACAACAGACACUGACAGCCCAACAAAAACUGGAGGAGAUUUUCCAGGCGAUGGAGCGUCGCAUUGCAGUAAACCCUGGAGACCUCCACGUAUUGAUUCAAGCUCUCAAGGCAGAACCUGCAAUAAAGGCAGUCGGUGAUAGAAUUGAAGAAAUUUACGAUGAGGAACAUGGGAAAAGGCAGGAGUAAAACAAAAAAUAGCAUUAAACUAACUUAUAAUUAUUCAUGUAUUUUUGUUCGUUAUUUUUUUCGAUGGCUGUUUGUGCCC